AGGCCAAGGGUAAUUCGGAAAUGGGCUAUUCUUUCGCCUCUGCAAGUAAAUGUCGCGAGAACAAUAGGCAUUCCGCCCAAUGCAUUAUAUCUGUAAUCCGGAGGGACGCGAAACUUGAUGAUGCUCUUUCUGCAGGUGAACAUUCAUGGAAUUCGAGUCCUAUCUACACCAGCCAUAAUUUUGAUGGCUUGAAUCUUGUAGCGUACAUGAAAGUGAAGGAAUAUAUUCUGGCUCGUGUCAUGAUUCUGUUUUUUCUGCUUGAUACCCUGGUCUGGCCUCGAAUACCUCGAGUCCAACGUGAUGGUCUCAAAUUUCAAAGGCCGCUAAUUUUGAGCUCAGAUCUACGGCCCAUUCAGUCAAAAAUGAAUCCAAAGUUCUGGCUGAAAAUGAUGUUUCUUGUAUACCGGAUUGGUAUACUUGACGCUAUUGGCCGAUGUCAUUCGGCGGAAUACUCCAUUGGUGGAAUGUUCCUGAGAGGUCACGCAUUUAAAACAUAUCGGGUUGGGCACCCUGUGGACUGCUACUUGAAGUGCUUUGAAGAACUCAUUUGUCAAAGCUACAACUUCGUCCGCGGCCAAUACCUUUGCGAACUGAACAACCGCACCAAGGAAGCAAGACCCGAAGACUUUGUGUCAGACUGGAAGAGAUUUUACGUAAAGCGUGUUACUAAAAGAGUUCCUCUCGGAACCAUCGGAGAGCUUCCAGCCCAAUCGUUCAGUGAGAUCGCAGCGAGCGAAGGAAAUGAGACGGUUAACAGGAAAUACUGGAUAUACUCUGAUGGAAAUAGUGAGGUCAUCGAGGCCUACUGUGAAGAUCACUGGCAAAAGAUAAAUGGUAAAGAGCCUGUCUGCUUUGGAACCAAAAAUAACGACUAUGGAGCCUUCAACAUGACAAAGAGUGGAAGAGUGAAGACAAUGAAGCUUGUUCACAGGUCAGGGUCGGUGCACUGCCACCCUUCAACAGGGGGAUCUUACUGGGGCUGCACAAAUUUGGCUUAUAAAGAUAAUUUGAUGACAUUCAUCACAGAUGACAAGAAAAACGCCAUUCUGCCUCCCGCUGAGAACCUAACUAAAGCAGGGUCCGAAUGUGGUUUCAAAAAAUAUUUUUACAGUCUCGAUGGAAGCAGCCUUAACUCAUCAGAGCUCGUUUUUCGCAACCUUUCCAAUCCGUUUUCUGUUUCACGCAGUCAAGAGAUGCAGAUAUGGUAUGGACAGGAUUUGGUAGACUGCUCGGAAGACAAUAACAAGGGCAAAACCUGUGUUGAUGUGUACGCGUGGUAUGAGUAAAAACCAAACUAAACGGAGCUGUUGGCUUAUCUGACAUUCACAAUAAUAACAGAGAACAAAUCAAGUGCUAGUUAAAAGUACUUUAAGGCGAAUAGCUGCCUUAUUAUAUCCGCCUAUCAUUAUUAUCGUAAAACCUCUGUCAAAAAAUAAAGCAAGUAUGCCUGUC